AUGUCUCGUCAGGGAGGAAAGGCUAAGCCACUAAAGAAACCAAAGAAGAAGACCCAGGAGUUUGAUGAAGAGGAUUUAGCCUUCAAGGCAAAGAUGAAAGCAGAUGCUGCUGCUAAGAAAGCGAUGGCCGAGAAAGCAUCAAAGGGAGGACCUCUGAUUGGUGGAGGUAUUAAGAAGAGCGGAAAGAAAUAA